GCGGCGCCGGGCCGAGCGCGGGGCCGCGGGCCGGGCGGGCGCAGCGCGGCGGAGGCCGGAGGAACCGAGCCAGAGCCGGAGCCCGAGCGCGGCCGCCGCCUGCCGGGCCUCCCCUCGCCGCGGUCGGCCGCCGCGCUCCCGCCCGGGAGCCCAGCUAUGUACUCCCCGUACUGCCUCACCCAGGAUGAGUUCCACCCGUUCAUCGAGGCGCUGCUGCCUCACGUCCGCGCCUUCUCCUACACCUGGUUCAACCUGCAGGCGCGGAAGCGCAAGUACUUCAAGAAGCACGAGAAGCGGAUGUCGAAGGACGAGGAGCGGGCGGUGAAGGACGAGCUGCUGGGCGAGAAGCCCGAGAUCAAGCAGAAGUGGGCAUCCCGGCUGCUGGCCAAGCUGCGCAAAGACAUCCGGCCCGAGUUCCGAGAGGACUUUGUGCUGACCAUCACGGGCAAGAAGCCCCCCUGCUGUGUGCUCUCCAACCCCGACCAGAAGGGCAAGAUCCGGCGGAUUGACUGCCUUCGCCAGGCCGACAAGGUGUGGCGGCUGGACCUGGUCAUGGUGAUUUUGUUUAAGGGGAUCCCCCUGGAAAGUACUGACGGGGAGCGGCUCUACAAGUCGCCCCAGUGCUCGAACCCCGGCCUGUGCGUGCAGCCACAUCACAUUGGAGUCACAAUCAAAGAACUGGAUCUUUAUCUGGCUUACUUUGUCCACACUCCGGAAUCCGGACAAUCAGAUAGUUCAAACCAGCAAGGAGAUGCGGACAUCAAACCACUGCCCAACGGGCACUUAAGUUUCCAGGACUGUUUUGUGACUUCCGGGGUCUGGAAUGUGACGGAGCUGGUGAGAGUAUCACAGACUCCUGUUGCGACAGCAUCAGGGCCCAACUUCUCGUUGGCAGACCUGGAGAGUCCCAGCUACUACAAUAUAAACCAGGUGACCCUGGGGCGGCGGUCCAUCACCUCCCCUCCUUCCACCAGCACCACCAAGCGCCCCAAGUCCAUCGAUGACAGCGAGAUGGAGAGCCCUGUCGACGACGUCUUCUAUCCUGGCACAGGCCGCUCCCCGGCAGCUGGCAGCAGCCAGUCCAGCGGGUGGCCCAACGAUGUGGAUGCAGGCCCGGCUUCUCUAAAGAAGUCAGGAAAGCUGGACUUCUGCAGUGCCCUCUCCUCUCAGGGCAGCUCCCCGCGCAUGGCUUUCACUCACCACCCGCUGCCUGUGCUUGCUGGAGUCAGACCAGGGAGCCCACGGGCCACAGCAUCAGCGCUGCACUUCCCCUCCACAUCCAUCAUCCAGCAGUCGAGCCCAUACUUCACGCACCCGACCAUCCGCUACCACCACCACCAUGGGCAGGACUCGCUGAAGGAGUUUGUGCAGUUUGUGUGCUCGGAUGGCUCGGGCCAGGCCACCGGACAGCCCAACGGUAGCGGCCAGGGCAAAGUCCCGGGGUCAUUUUUGCUACCACCGCCGCCUCCAGUGGCCAGACCUGUGCCCCUUCCUAUGCCUGAUUCCAAAUCCACCAGCACUGCCCCAGACGGCGCCGCCUUGACUCCUCCAUCACCUUCAUUCGCAACGACAGGCGCCGCCUCUGCCAACCGGUUUGUCAGCAUCGGACCCCGGGACGGCAACUUUCUGAACAUCCCACAGCAGUCUCAGUCCUGGUUCCUCUGAUAAGAUCGACAAAAGAAAUGGCAAAAUGAAAAGAAGAGGUUCCUCAAAAGGGGGGAGAAGAAAUUUUGAGACGUGGAAAAAUCCCCCAGCCCAGCCCAGCCCCACCGAAAAGCAAAAAUUAGACGUCGUCAGCCACUCAGCCCUUCUCUCCUCCAGCCCGGGGACCCCUGCAGGCCCCCAGAAGCAGCUCAGUUCUCGGAGAGCCUCAGAAGAGGUCUCGGUGGAGCUGUGCACCAGCAGCCAAGCAGAAAGAAACAUGCAAAACGGACUCUGUCAAGUAGAGGACAGAAAGAAAGGAUGCAGAACUGCCUUCCUCCCCCCACAUCCCGUCCCGGCCUUCUGGGGAAGGAGCAAAAUCCCCAAACAAAGCAACCAGCACAAUUCUGAAGGGGCCUGUCCCCCACCCUCACCCUUCCUAGGGGAACCCCACCCUCGACUAGGGCCGGAGCUUCACUAGGGAGCUCAGAGGACCAGCUUGUAAAGAUGAUGGGGUGCAGAUCCAGAGGGCUCUCCCCUCCAGACUCCACCCCCUCCCUCCCUCACUGCCUUUGCCUCUGGCUUCUUCCCCCAGCUGCUCUGGACUGGGUGAGGCAGGGUAGCCUCGAUGUCCCUCUGCCCCACCCUCGGGCUAGAAGCCCCCCCCCCCGACCCCGGCUGGGCAGGGGGCAUCUCCCGGAGCUAGUUUUGUGCUCCCAGAAUGGAGGGUGUUCUACCACCCGACCCUGAGCUGCAGGGGCAGUUCCCCGGGCCCCAAACCCCUCUGUACAGUCCAUAGGAAAAGGUCGGAAUGCUCUAGACAGCCCAUCCCAGCCUGGGACAGGUCCCCUCUUCCCUCUCCCCCAAGGCAGGCCAGGAAGGUCACCGUCCUGACAUGCUACAAGUGAGGGGAGGUGGGCCCCAGGUUGCCCCCACACCCCAGCCCCGCAUGCAGGUGCCCUCGCUCCGCCCCAUUGGUCCCUGCCCCUGCCCCUACGCAGACAGCCCUGCUGUGGCCGGGCCGGAGAGUGGAGCAGAAAGGGGACCCCGGAGUCGAGCGAGGAGGACGAGGCAGCCGCCACUGCUGUCGGCUAAACCGCCACCUGCGCUAGGUAGGCGUCCUGCUUGCCGACUUUCAGUUCCUUUGGAGGGUGUUGGGUGUCGUCCUUUUUCAAAAGUGUUUUGGAGCUUUCUCUGCCCCCCCUUUCCCCCCACACCACCCCCAUGGCCACUUCUCUCUGGAUUUCAGCUGUAAUGUCUUUACUCUUUAUUUAGGGGUGGGGCAUUCAUUGUUUCGGUCUUUUGCUGUUGCAAUUGGGAACUCCUCCGUUUGAGCAACUUGGGAACAAUUUGGUUAACACACCACAAGAAGUAGCUCUCCCCCACCACCACCACAGCCCCCUCCUCCCCCAAGGGAUGGUUGGGGGCCUGUCCAGAGGGUCUUCAGAAGCCCCCCUGGGAGGGAGGGGAGCAAAAGCACACCCAGCCCACCUCCAGGGUGUGACUUGGCCCCUCUGGCUUGUCUUUCUGUGCCUUACUCCCUCCUCCCUGCAUCUUGGCCCCCUUCUGCAGUCCUUGUGCCUCUCUCUCUCUCUUUCUCUCUCCUUCUUAACUGUAUGAAAACACAAAGUACAGGUCAGGAUCCUCUGAAAGUCAAUCAACCCAACGUUGCACCACAUAGGGGUGGGUUAUGGGCUUUAUUUAUUGUGAAUCUAGUUUGUGAGGCUGUGGCCCCAAGCAAAGGGAGGGAAGGAGGGGAGGGAGGUGGCUGGGGAGGAGAGGAGAGCUCUUACCUGGGGCAAAAGGGGCCAGCUUGAGUGGUGCCUCCUCCCCAGCUGGAAGCCACAAGGUGGCUGGCCCCAGGGGUGGCUUUUGUUGGAAGUUGAGCGAAGCCCCUCCCCCAUCCGCGUGCAGCCCUCGAGGAGGACCGGGUCUGAGAAGCAGGGGAUAGGGGAAUCCGCGGGAGCCUGGGGGUCGUGGGGA